CCGUUUUUGUCGUUCGGCCUCCGUAGCGGCGCGUGCGCUGUGCGGCUCUGAUAUCAUCGCGCAGCGACGUGCUUGGGAGCGGCGCCGCGAUGUUCAAGGUAAUGUGUCUGGGGGCUGCACCUGGUAGCCUGAGCUUGCUGUCCAUCCAAGUAUUUGCUUCAUCCUUAGAGAAGGAAACUCCAAAAAAAGAGUUGCUAAAAAUUGAUGAGCUUUCACUCUACUCCUGUCCAACUCAUGAGUCUAAAUAUGUGGAGGAAUCACAAACCCAGUUGGAAGAGGGGAUCUCGUAUCUGCGGCAUUCUGUGGCGCCAUAUACAGCUUGGUGUCAGGAUCUUUACACUAGCGCUAUGCCCAAAGUAGAAAGAACUAUUGAACGUGGGAGAGAAAGUUGUGAAUUUCUCAAAAAUCCCCCGCCAGGAUUUUACCCAAGGCUUGGUGUCAUUGGUUUUGCUGGAAUUGUUGGACUGUUUCUUUCUAGAGGCUCAAAAAUAAAGAGGUUGGUGUAUCCAGUGGGCUUCAUGGGAAUUGGUGCCUCGCUAUAUUAUCCACAACAAGCUGUUGCUAUUGCAAAGGUCACUGGUUCAAGAUUGUAUGACUGGAGUCUGCAAGGAUAUGUAGCUGUAGAAUCCCUCUGGAAGGAUAAUCCUAAAAAGAAGAAAUCUGGAAAAAAAGCAAGUGACAAGUCUGAAGCCAACAAUGACAUGCCAGUGGAAGUACACGUCAAUUCAGGUGAAGAAAGAACCAUGAAGUAGAAUGCGCCAUCACUUCCCAUCAAACAGCUGCAAAUGUUUCAAUGCUCCCCCUAUCAUCUCCGUCCCAGAGGCUAGUGCAGAUAAGAAAGUGAAAAAAACGCAUUCGUGAUGAAAUGUUCUCAGAGCUCAUGAAGUCUUCCCGCACUGAAAGAACCCAGCAAAAUGCGUGGAGGCAGACAAUGUCAGAGUACAAGAAAGCACAAAAUGAACGUGAGGACAGGCGGGACACCUGAGAGGAUAGAUGAGUGGAGCAAGGGGAGAGGUGGCGGCAGCGUGAUGAAAGGAGGCAGGAGGCAAUGCUGAGGCUACUGGAGAAUCAAACUGAUAUGCUCUGGCGUAUGGUUGAGCUGCAAGAAAGGCAGCAGGAGAACAUACCACUGCUUCAGCCCCUGUGUAACCGACCUCCCUCCCCCCCAAGUCCCAUAGCCUCCUCACUCAGAUGCCCAACCACGUGGGGAGGGGGACUCCGGGCACCCAACCACUCCACCCCAGAGGACUGCCCAAGCAACAGAAGGCUGGCAUUCAAUAAGUUGUGAAGUGCAGUGUGGUUUUGUCCUUCCCUACUCCCCCACCCAAUCUGGUGCUUCCCUUCUCCCCCACCCCGCCCGGGCUACCUUGGCAGUUAUCCCCCU